AUUUACGACCCUUCGUUUUAGCCAGAACGAAACCUAGAAAACACUCUAAAACCCUUCCACUUUGAGAGGGGAAUCCAGCGGAGAAAGAAUCGUAGAAAACGGUCGUGAAACGAGGGGGAAACACUCCGCCGGAGUCUUGCCGGGCUGCUCUUCACGUCGGAAACCAGAGGAAGGAGAGCUGCCGUUGACCUCCAGUCCAUUACUGACCUUCGCCGUCGCAGAAGGAGUCCACCGUCGCCGCCGAUCCAAUCGUCGGUCCUCAGAAAGAUCAAUCACUCGAACGGUCACUUUCUCAAGAACAGCAGAUAUGGACGCUCUUUCAAUGGGUAACGAUAGCAGACCCCCUAUCCUCAGGAGAGAUGAGUACGUUAUGUGGAAGAACAGAUUUCUCAACUUCCUCGAGAGCAAAGACAAUUCCUCAGCUAUGCUGGAAUCACUGACAGAGGGUCCGGCUCAAUUAUGGAUGGUUCUAGGAGGAGACGAUGAAAAUGAGCCCCCUGUCGACCAAGUGAAAGUUCCAAAACCAGUAGAGCUGUAUACUGAAGAGGACAAAUUGAGAGUCAAAGCUGAUUUAAUGGCAAAAACGUACCUGCUCCAAGCAAUUCCGAAUGAUAUUUAUAUACUGAUUGACAGUAUGGAUUCUGCUAAGGAGAUGUGGGAUGAAAUCAGAAAGCUGAUGGAAGGAACCAACCUAGGUUUGAAAACCAAGAAGGCAAGCACUCUCACUGCCUAUGAUUCCUUCAAGGCUAGACCCGGUGAACCUCUGCAUGAGACUUACAACAGAUUUGUUAAGCUGGU